GUCCAAUAACAAUUAACAUUGUUGAUCGUUGUUAUUCAAUAUUAUAUUACAAUAUUAACAAUAAAAAAGCGCUUACUAGAUCUACAUACAUACGAACAAGAACAAAAAAUGAAUCAAGAAAACCCUGUCUUUUUUGUGUCUGGCCUUGGAUCAAAACUCAAUUCUGAUAAUGAAGCUUUAGCUAAAAAUGCACUGCUCAGUCUGAAGCAAGAACUUUUACACUAUCAGCAAGAAAAUAAAAAAAUGACUGAUCAAUUGAACUGUCUUGUUUCACUGAUUAAAAGAUCCUGGACAGGUGAUCGAUUAGCUACAGUUCAUCUCUCAAAAAUUGUUGGCUUGCCACCUCCACCUGUUGCAAAUACAGAAGGCAAUGUCGCUCGACCAAAUUCUACAGUAGAUUUUGCUUCGUCAAAGAAAAUACGUUGCGAGCAGAACUGGGAAAGGUUGGCCAUUAAACUCCUGGACAGGGAGUAUAUGAGUGUCCAGAAAGAAAUCAGUGACCACCAGCAGAGGUACAUGGAGAACAGAAAAUAUUACAUGGAGGCGAUCUUACAGGACCAUCAUAACAACAUGGCGCACAUCUCACUGCAUCGUAAAACAGAACCUACAGCAGAGGAAAUGGGGAAAAUGAAGGUCCCACAAACUAAAACACAGAGGGGCAGUUUGAGAAGAACCCAAUCAGCUGGGAGCAGAAAAUUUCUGAUGGCCCAGGACACUGUGGGUCAGGUGGAGGUGUCACUGAGGGAUUUGGUUGGCCAACCUGUCAUGGCGGACAGUGUUGUCACAGAUCAGAUGGUCAACAAAGAAGUGAAAACAAUCACACCCACCCAGAAUGGAUACAGAAGACCAUUUUCAUCUGCCCAUAAAAGACGAAUGCCCAGGAAUAUGUAUAAUGAUCCAAAUAGAUAUAAUCAGAAAAACCUUUUUGAGCUAAGUGAUGAUGAAUGUGUGCAACGCCUUAGGCCAGUGAGUGCCUCCAUCUUGAAAGAGGGAGACAUUCAAAGGUCAAGGCCUCGUUUGUCAGCUAUCAAUUCCGGGGAUGAUAUUUCUGAGAAUCAGAACCAAGUGUUUUUGACUCAGAAACAAGAGCGGCCAUUGAAGUAUGAGACAACUCGCCCUGUGACAGCCAAACAGACAUCAGCCAAAGGAAGGAGAAACUCAUCUACUGGAUUACAGAGGGCUAAAGGUGAAAACAAUCAAACCAAUCACUCCAAUGUGGCAGAUCAUGUGACAGGUGCAGAACAACCUGGCAACCCAGGGGAGGUAAAUGAGAACAAAGGUGAAUCCAAUGUCCAGGGUCACAAGGGAGAUAAUGCUGAAGAUAGAGAGACUGUUAAAGCAAAGCCACCCAUGUCAAGCAAGCCGAAAUCAGGUUUUCCUCGCAGGCCGAAAUUCAUUGAUGAUUUUUCUAAAGAUGAAGAGACAAUGAAAAAUAUUGAAAAUGAAUUUAUGAAAAAUGCUAUGCUUUUGCAGAAAAAACUGGGCAUUAGUGAAUCAGGGAUGGUUCAUUUUGGCUAAAAUCAUUAGAUAUUCUUUUGUAUCAAGUAGGCUCAAAUUUUAUGUAUUUUUAGAAAAAAAAAUGUGAUAGUAAAUUUUCUUGUAAUAA